GGUAUGCCUGUAUACUUAUGUUAACAUAUAUAUAAGCAUAUACAUAUAUAUAAAUUUUCCUAAGUAUCCUGAGAAAUGUUUUCUUUCUCUUUCAAUUCCAAGUCUACUACAGUGCCCCCUUAUGAUCUUCUCUUUCUCCCAGAGUUAUUUAGUAGGUUGCUAUUUAGUUUCCAAGCGUAUUUUUUUAAACUAUUUAACCAUAUCUAAAUUUAAUGUUCAAUUUUCAGAUGAUGUAGUUUGUAUGAUGCCUCCUUUGCUGCCUCACUGAUUCCCGCCCUUGUGUUAACGUUCCCGCCCUCUUCAAAAAGGGGUCAUCUCAGCUUUUGCACUUUUUUAAAAUGAGAAAACAUUUAAAGAUAAACAUUUGAGAUAUCAUGAGUAAAUAGUUUUGUUAAAGUUUUUAAAAAUUACUAUGUGUAAGCAUUUACCCAUAAACAUAGAUUAUGCGUGUGACGGGUGACAACGUAAAGCAUUUUUAACUGUGAGUCUCACAAAAGCUUGAAAGCUUUUUCAAAAUGUGGGGGUGAAGGAUACACGGGACCUCUCUAUACUGCCUUUGCAACUUGCUGUGAUUUUAUAAUUAUUUAAAAAUAAAAAGUUAAAAGUGAAAGGGUUAGCCUCAGAACCCGGUUGCCUGGAAUGAUGCUCGACUUCUUCCCCGGCCUUUCUCGAGGUCCGCGUGAACGCGUCUGCUCCCCCGGCGUGCUCUCAGAUUUGGGAGCCCUUCGCCGGGACCCUUGACUCCCGCAGCGGGCUCGUCCCUCGGACCUGGGGCUUCCCGCGGGAUCCGCUCCAGAGCAGCGCCCCGCCCUCAGCGGCCCUCGCCAUCACCUGCCUCUGGACCCAAGAGCCAGAGGGCGUCCACCGAGGCGCGCGGUCCUCCGAGCCUCCUAGAGCGGCGCUGCGGCCCGUUUCCGGGGGCGGGCCGGAAGUGGACUGCCUGAGCCCGGCGCGGCUCCCCGCGCGGUCACGGAUGAUGGUCGGGUGUGAGUAGGCCCUGGCCGCGGGGCGGGGACCGGAAAAGGUAAUGGAGCAAGAACGUUUUCUGAUGUUCCACAACGUGGUCUCACGGGUUGCAGAAUCCCCACUGUCAUGGAACCACUCAUUCAUUCCACAGACCCUUGCUGAGCACACGCUGUGUGUCAGGCCCUCCCCCAGGCUCCGGGGGUACAGCAUGAAUAACCAGACUGCAGGCCUUAUCUCAUGGGGGAAGGCGGAGAAGGAGCAAGAGGCCGUUGUGUUUGAGGACGUGGCCGUGUACUUCACAAGGAUAGAGUGGAGUUGCCUGGCCCCUGACCAGCGGGCGCUGUACAGGGAUGUGAUGCUGGAGAACUACGGGCAUGUGGCCUCCCUGGGCUUUCUUAUUGCUAAACCAGCACUGAUCUCCCUCUUGGAACAAGGGGAGGAGCCAGGAGCUUUGAUUCUGCAGAUGACUGAGGAGCGGGGGUCCACAGCCAGCCUGCGCCCAGAUUCUAGGAUGGAGGCUGGGAUCAAGGAAUCUUCUCUGAGGAGAGUGCCCUCUAAGCAGUUAGGACUAUUGGGCACAGUUUGGGGCCGCCUCCCUGGGGGGAGACCCAAGUUACCUGAACGGAGUGGCAGUCCUGAGGAUGGGUCAGAUAAACGACCCCUCAACCCCCAGGCAGGCGGUCCUGGUGGGGACCUUAGCACAUCCCCCAAGGCCCCGGAGGAGAAACAGCGAGGGUCGGGCCCUGUGGACGCUGUUGGGCGUCGGGUGUACAGGUGUGCCUGCGGCAAGGCCUUCAAGUACAACUCGCUGCUGCUCAGACACCAGGUCAUCCACACGGGGGCCAAGCCCUACCAGUGCACCGAGUGCGGCAAGGCCUUCAAGCAGAGCUCCAUCCUGCUGAGACACCAGCUGAUCCACACGGAGGAGAAGCCCUACCAGUGCAGCGACUGCGGCAAGGCCUUCAGGCAGAGCACUCAGCUGACGGCACACCACAGAGUCCACGCGCGGGAGAAGCCCUACGAGUGUGGCGAGUGCGGGAAGGCCUUUGGCCGCAGCUCCCGGCUCCGGCAGCACCAGAAGUUCCACACGGGGGAGAAGCCCUACGAGUGUGGCGAGUGCGGGAAGGCCUUCUGCCGCAGGUUCACCCUCAACGAGCACUGCCGCAUCCACAGCGGGGAGAGGCCUUACGCGUGCCUGCAGUGCGGGCAGCGCUUCAUCCGUGGGUCCUCGCUCCUCAAGCACCACAGACUGCACGCCUGGGAGAGCCCCCGAGAAGACGGCAGCUGUCAGAAUCCCUUGCUCGGCGCAGCACACAAGACUGCCUCGGGGGACAAGCUCUACCAGUGCUCCGUGUGCCAGAAGCCCUUCCAGCACAACUGCCUGCUCCUCCUGCACCAGAGGCUGCACACGGGCGAGAGGCCGUUCGAGUGCAGGGAAUGUGGCAAAGCCUUCAGCCGGAAGUCCAACCUCACGCUGCACCGGAAGACCCACACCAAGGAGAAGCCCUUUGCCUGCACGGAGUGUGGCAAGGCUUUCCGCAGAAGCUACACACUGAACGAACACUACCGGCUUCACAGCGGGGAGAGGCCGUACAGGUGCCGGGCCUGCGGGAGGGCCUGCAGCCGGCUGUCUGCCCUUAUCCAGCACCAGAAAGUCCACGGCCCAGAAUGUUCCCGUGAGGGCGGGGAGGAGAGACGGGUUCCCCACUGGGCUCCCUGUUGAGUUGAUAAACAUCAGAGAACCCGGGGUGCCUGGGUGGUCCGUCGGUGGAGCGUCGGACUUUUGAUUUCGGCUCAGGUAAUGAUCUCUGGGUUGUGAGAUCAAGCCCUGCAUUGGGCUCCACGCUGGGCGUGGAGUCUGUUGGAGAUCUCUCUCUCCCCCUCUCUGAACAAUAAAAAGGGCAGAGAACCUAUCUGGGAGAGGUGUCAAGGCAGGAAGCUGUCAGAGGCCGAGGGAGAGACCGCAAGCCGACUCCCCAGCUGAGCAGGGAGCGACCUGGGGCCUGAUCCCAGGACUCCAAGGUCAUGACCUGAGCCACCCAGCCGCUCCUCUUGGCAUCUUUCCAGCGGACACGUGAAUAUUUGCUCGACAGACUGGCCCGUGCUGUGCUUAGAACUGUGCCCGCUGAUUGGAUGCCAUCCGUGCACCGGCCGUUCCGUGUGGUUUAUUUAGCAAACCCCUAUUGUCGCACAUCUGUCUGUCCCCACAUUUUCACUGUUACUGUUGACCCCACGGCAGACAUGCACACAUUUGCUUUUGUCCAUGUGAGUUCCUUGGGGCUGAGGUGGAUGUUCCUGUCGGGGCUACUGGGAGUGGGGGGACUGUUUUUAAUCAUUUGAUUAAUCAUGAAAAAUACCACUCUUGUUUUCAUUUACAUUUCUUGGCCUUUUAAUGAGUAAAUUCUCUGUAAGCUCUUGUA